AAGACGCGGAGGCUGCGCGCGGCGCGGGGGUAAACAUUCGCGUGUCCGCGAGCGCUGAGGGAGGGACGGAGUGGAGCUGACAGUCAGACAGAGAGAGAGAGAGUGAGAGAGAGACAGAGAGAGAGAGAGACAGAGAGAGAGAGCGAAUGGGAAAGAAGGCUUGCAAACGCAGCCUCUGCGCCGUAAUACUGGAUUGUACUUCAGCCGGAGCGCUUUGGCAGCUUUAAACACAUCAAAACAGAACAAAGAGGGAGAGCAGCGUACCGGGCUGCAGCAGCACAAAAAGAAAAAGAAUCUGCAAAGAAAAGAGAAGGGGAUAAAAAGGAGGGGGACCUGAGGAAGAGGAAUCUCUGUGAGCAGAUUACAAAAGAACCUGAGGGAGGAGAAAGAAACACGUUUUGAUAUUUUCGGUUGUUUGGACUCUGUUUUUAUUGUUGUUUUUGUAAGUGUGCUGCCAUCUGAAAUUUAUUGAGGCCGUGAAGUUUUGUUUAAAAAUUUCCACAUUUCUUUUUUAUUUAUUUUCUUCAUUUUUUCAACUAACUGCCAAAUCCUGGAGGACUGUUGAUGACUUCCAAGGGGUUUUUGACACCCACCUAAAAACAGGAAUUAUGGAGUGAGCCAUAUGAACUUCCGAACAGUAAAACCUGCGGAUUUUUGUUUUUUAAACAUUAUUAUUAUUUAAAUAUUUUUUCCUGCAUCUUUCUUUACUUGUCCAAGCCACUUUUAGUGGUGUUGGUCAGACUUUUAAAGUUCUGAAUAAUUCAUGAGAUUACAGUUUUGCCUGUGUUGAAGAAGUAAAGAAGGAAGAAAAAAGUUUGUACCAGAAAAAAAGAAGCAGGGAGGGAGGGGGGACCGAUUUGUUUGACCAGCAGCUCCGUUGCUGAAAACCAGCGGAAUGGCCACGGCGGCUUCCAAUCCGUACCUGCCCAGCAGCAGCAUCUUGUCAUCGGGCUCCAUCGUGCACUCAGACUCUGGCGGCGGCAUGCAGGGGGGCGGCGGCGCGGUAACGUCGGUGUCCGGCGGCUACCGCGGCGAGCCAGCGGUCAAAAUGGCGCAGAGCGACUUCAUGCCGGGCGCCAUGGCGGCGGCGGCGAGCAACGGCGCGCACAUGCUGAGCCACGCGCACCAGUGGGUGACGUCUCUGCCGCACGCGGCAGCCGCUGCAGCCGCCGCGGCGGUGGCCGCUGCCGAGGCCGCCUCGCCCUGGUCAACGAGUCCCGUGGGCAUGGCGGGAAGCCCGCAGGGCAGCCAACAAGGAGGCCAGGGGGGGCAGCAAGGCGGCCAGGGCGGCCAGCAGGACGUGAAGGGCAGCUCGGCCCGGGACGAUCUACACACAGCUUCCGCGCUGCACCACCGCCACCUGGGGCCGCAUCAGACACAUGCGGGCGCGUGGGGUGCUGCCACGGCCGCAGCAGCCGCUGCCGCAGCACACAUCUCGUCCAUAAGUCAGCAGCAGGCGCAGCCGCAGCAGUCGCUCAUCUACUCGCAGCCCGGUGGCUUCACGGUCAACGGCAUGCUGAGCGCGCCGGGUGCCCAGAGCCUUGUGCAUGCGGGACUCGUGCGCGGGGAUACACCGGAGCUGGAGCACGCCGGCCACCCGCACCAUCCGCACCACCCGCACCAUCACCAUCAUCACCACCAUCACCAGCAGCAGCAGCAACAGCAGCAGCAUCACCACCAGGCGCCGCCGCCGCCUCACCACUCACACCACCCGGCCAGUCACCACGGCCACGAGGCGCAUUCGGACGAGGAUACGCCGACCUCGGACGACCUCGAACAUUUCGCCAAGCAGUUCAAGCAGCGGCGCAUCAAGCUCGGCUUCACGCAGGCCGAUGUGGGCCUCGCGCUCGGGACACUAUACGGCAACGUCUUUUCGCAGACUACCAUCUGCCGCUUCGAGGCUCUCCAGCUAAGCUUUAAGAACAUGUGCAAGCUCAAGCCGCUGCUCAACAAAUGGCUCGAGGAGGCCGACUCGUCCACGGGCAGCCCCACGAGCAUCGACAAGAUCGCGGCGCAGGGCCGCAAGCGCAAGAAGCGCACGAGCAUUGAGGUGAGCGUCAAGGGCGCGCUGGAGAGCCACUUCCUCAAGUGCCCCAAGCCCUCGGCGCAGGAGAUCACCUCGCUGGCCGACAACCUGCAGCUGGAGAAGGAGGUGGUGCGCGUGUGGUUUUGCAACCGGCGGCAGAAGGAGAAGCGGAUGACGCCGCCCGGAGUACCACAGACGCCGGAGGAGGUGUACUCUCAGGUCGGAAAUGGACAUUUUUUAGUAGAUUACUUAAAAGACGCAAGUUUAUGUGGGCCGAGCGAGCCGGGCGACCAGAGGGUGACAGCUACAAGUUCGUUCCAUCAGAGAAGACUGCAUGGAUUCAUUUUUUGACAGACCAACGACGGAAUGGGAUUUUUUCUUCCACUCCUUGCCUUCCAGCUUCUACGGACAUGAACACAAACACAUUUACACACACACCGAAAUUUUAAAGACUGCCCUUGUUGUCUGAUCUCAAAGAUCACUUCUUUCGAAAGUCCUUUUUAUGUAAAGAACUGAACGUGACACGGAUUUUUUGGGAAGCGAAUUUAAAAUCAAAGACUGACAUUUGAAACAAAGACAAAGACUGAAGUGACAAUUCCUCAGCUGCACUUAUUUGAAAUUCUCUGCGCGAGUGGGGCCAGAGCUGUGGAUGUGUCCCCCACCCCACCCCACCCUACAACCCCCACCCUCCAUGCUGCCAUUUCCAAGCAGUAUUCUUUGGUAGGUUUUCAUAAACGAGACUAUGUAAAGCCGGCAAUAUAUAGAUUCAUUAGAUCAGAUGCUGAUCAGAAUUAUUUACUUUAUAUUUUUCAUUAAAAUGCUUUGUUUUUAAUAUUUUAUUCUGGAUACAUAUGAGCUAUUCCAAACAGUAAUUUAUUUCUUCCCCAGACUUGUGAAAAAAAUGUUCUCUUCCCUGAUUUUUUUUUCCUUGAUGAAAUUUUUCGUUAUACCUAUUUUUGUUUUUGAACGAGCACAAAUCAAUAUGAGCUGACUUUGGCAGUAGGUAACAAGGGUAUUUUCAUGUGAUGAUUUGAUUGUAAUUUAAUUUACAGUAGUGAUUCCGUAAGAGAUGAUUGAGAACAAUAAAUUUGUUAGAAUGAAAAAGAAAAAAA